CGCGUCCUGGCUGGCAGCGGCGGUCACGAGGCUUCUGUUUGUGUCAGCUGAGUGUCGACCGCGCGCUGUCUUUCCGUUACUCUCGCUUCCUCCUCUCCACUCUCUCUAAGUUCAUUUCAGUCAGCUGCUGUUAAUGAGAAACGAUGCUGUCUCUGGAGGAAGCACGAUCCAGGCUGCAGGCGGCCGGUCAGUCUCACGUUUUGCGCUUCUGGUCCGAACUCGGUCCACAAGAACGCUCCGCUUUACUCGCCGAAAUUGCCACCCAAGACCCGGACUGGCUUGCUAAGCACUGUCGAGAUGCAGCGGCUGAGGCGAAGGCGACCCUCGGAAAUCCCGACUCCGUGCAACGGCUGGACGAGCGUAUGGAGCCUGUUGCUCCGGAGUUCUUAGGAAGUGUGAAGAAAAAUGACACGGAGACGCUGCAAAGUUGGCAGGAGCAAGGCUUGUUACAGAUAUCGGAGAACAAAGUGGCUGUUCUGCUGCUUGCCGGUGGUCAAGGUACUCGCCUAGGAGUAUCAUACCCCAAGGGCAUGUACAAUGUCAGCCUUCCCAGUGGAAAAACUUUGUACCAAAUUCAGGCUGAGCGGAUACGUAAAGUGGAAAUGCUUGCGGCAAAAAAACAUGGAGUGAAGUGUACUGUGCCAUGGUAUAUCAUGACAAGUGAAUUCACACUGUCACCAACAGAGAAGUUUUUUGAAGAAAAUGAUUACUUUGGCCUGGACAAGUCCAAUGUGAUCAUGUUUGAGCAAAGAAUGAUACCUGCUGUCUCUUUUGAUGGGAGAGUGAUUCUAGAAGCCAAAAGUAAAAUCGCCAUGGCACCAGAUGGGAAUGGUGGCCUUUAUCAAGCUCUAGAUGACAAUCAGAUUCUUGAAGAUAUGGAAAGACGUGGCAUUCAAUAUAUUCAUGUUUACUGUGUGGACAACAUCCUGGUUAAGAUGGCAGAUCCUGUCUUUAUUGGAUUCUGUGUUAAGAAAGGAGCAGAUUGUGGAGCAAAGGUGGUAGAAAAAGCGUACCCCACAGAGCCAGUGGGGGUUGUGUGUCAGGUUGACGGAGUCUAUCAGGUUGUAGAGUACAGUGAGAUCACAACAGAGACUGCAGAGAAACAGGAUGCCUUUGGAUCUCUGGUGUACAGUGCUGGGAAUAUCUGCAACCAUUUCUUCACUCUGGAUUUUCUAAAAUCUGUUUCUGAAAAGUUCAAAGACAAGCUAAAGCAGCACAUUGCAAUUAAAAAGGUACCAUAUGUUGAUGAGGAUGGAAACCUAGUGAAGCCACUCAAGCCAAAUGGAAUUAAAAUGGAGAAGUUUGUUUUUGAUGUUUUUCAGUUUUCCAAAAACUUUGUUGCUUUUGAGGUACUCCGAGAAGAAGAGUUUUCUCCUUUGAAGAAUGCUGAUACUGCAGCUCAGGACAACCCGACAACUGCUCGGUGUGCCCUCCUCUGUCAACAUUACCGAUGGGCCCUGAAAGGGGGUGCUCGAUUUAUAGAAAGUGAAAAUCACAACUUAACAGAAAAACCGAGUUUAAAAGCUCAUGAAAAUCCUCCUGGUGUGAUUGAAAUUUCCCCUUUGGUAUCCUACUGGGGUGAGGGCCUAGAAAUGUACCUGAAAGGCCGAGUUAUUAAUGGCUCAGUGGUUCUUGAUGAGAAGGAAGCUGAAGAGAUGCUGAAGACUAAACAGCAUUAGUGAUGCGGCUGAUUUCGCUCUUUCAAGGCUACCAGUUAAAUUCUCCGCACAUUUCAGGUCUUUGUUAAAUGUGGCAUUUUAGUUAGGGAAAGCUGGAUAGACACUGUGGGACGCAGAGAUGUGAGGUAAGAAAGUUACCAGUAAAUGCAAGAAAAUUUCACAUGCCACAGAGGGCAAAUAAAAGUAACUAACUGAGGGGCUUCUCUGGUUAAAGGCAACAGAGUCAUUCUGUGGCAGAAGUCUAACUUGUACUGCUGAUGUUCAUUUCACUGGUUGUAUUAGACAGCAGAAAUAGGACGAUUUCAGAAGGAAGGAGCUGCUUUACUCAAGAGAUGGACCAAAAACCUACUUGACAUGCAGCCACGUGCAGCCUACUUGAUUUAAAAAAACGUUAAAUGCUUAAUAUUCUAAGUGAAAAUUGCUAAGAGACACAUAAAUACGGAUUUAUGUGUAUUUUCUACUGUACAUCUUUGUUUUAUUUUUUGGGCUAACUGGUUAGUUCCGUUGCUUAUCAGUUUUCAGGUAUUGAAACUGAACAUGCUGAAACUAUACUCACUUAAAAAGUGCCUUAUAUCCGGAUCAUUCAUUUUAAAGUGCCUUAACUUUUGAAAGCCAAACACUACCAGAAUACAGAAAUAUUAUUUUGUGAGAUGUCAGCCUUUUAUUCACCCUACGUCAAUCCAGCAUUUUUUCUUUCCUUAUAGUACAUAUGUAAUGAAUGGGAAGUUUGUCAAAUUGUACCUACAGGUUGUUUGGUUUCAAGUCAGAACGGUUUCUCUACCUCUGUGUUUUGUUAGUUUAAAAUGUUUUGUUGAAACACAAACGUGUCAGUUGUACGAGUGUGUUAGACUCGCACUCUGCUUCUUCUACGCCUUGAAGCUCUUAUACUUUGUGGCGUUGGCAGAUACGGUGUGUGUUUUUAGCUGGAACACAACAGCUUUACCAAAGACGCAGAUGCCCUGUCAAGAAACGCUACACACACAGCAACCGUUUCAGUUCUAGUGUAUUGUAAGGCCUUGUGUUUGCAGUACACACACCCUUUCCAAAUUUUAUACUUGUAUUUUAUUAGCUUUUCUUAUGCACACUCAAGACAUUGGAAGUAAACCAAAUGCAGAGAUAGUUUAGUUUAUUUUAUUUUGUUUAUUAUAAUUUCUAGCUAAAAAAAAUAAAGGGACUUUUUUUAUUGUGAAGAAACCUAUGCAUACAAUUUGUUGACAUAAAGAUUGUGAAGUUAAGCACAGCUUUAAAAUCCGUUGUCAAAGAACACACAGAAAUACAGCAGUGCAUUGUGGGUUUGUUGGCUUGUUUUCCUUUCACUGUGAUUUUGAUGAAAUUUACCUCUCUGGGCUCCUACUGCUUUUCCUCACAUUGGACCACCCCAUUCAACGAAGCUUUAAUAUGCCAUCUUAACACUCAAAUGGAUGGGCUUGAGUACCUAAUACAUAAAUAAAGUGCUUACUGAAUAAAUGCCAUGCACAAUUA